GACCCCAAAUACUUCACUUCUUAAGCACUCCCGCCGCACCUUCCGACUCUGCAAACUGAAGAUAAGCUUGAGCAUCAUCGUCUGUCCGCACGGAUACCGAUCGCGGGAGGCGGUCAUGUCGGUCAAGGCGGAUCUUAGCAUCCAGCAUCAGAGCGUUCGAGCGCAAACGGCUAUUUGAACUUCUUCGGGCUUUCGCACGGGACCUUGUCUGAGCCGAACUCCUGAAAAAUGUGACUGUGACCGAGGCUCUCCCAACUAUCAGAUUGACCAGGUCUACCUUCGCGCCACCAUCAUGCAGGCUCUGUUGGUGAAGCUGCUGCACGUCAAUCGUCAAUUCAGCCGCGAGUAUCAGAAGCUUGCCUGCAAGCAUGCACGGCUGGUUGUCCAAAACAACGGGAUUCUCCGCGUGGAACGACUGCAGGUGACUGGCUGUAUGCCAAUGAUUGUGCAGACCGCUGUUGUAUCUCUUCACGUUGGACCCCACGAACGGCGAACGGGCGCAGACGAUGCCGAUGCGCUCACCGACCUGUUUGGUGAAGUCCGCAUGGCGUUGCCGCACCUCAAGCGGUUGAACGUUGUGCUUCGCGUAGAGCAAGGCACACCAACCAGUAUGAAACUGCGUGAAGUGUGGUUCGAAGGCGCAAGCUCCGAAGGCGAAAUCUCGAGGGAUGAAAGUUCCGAAGGCGAAAGCCCCAAGCACGAAAGCUCUGAACGCGCAAGCUUGAGGCACAAAAUUUCGGAGAAAUGAAAGCUCGGUGGUUAAGGUCAGAAACGAGAGGCUUCGAUGAACGUGGACCAAGGUCAAUGGCUGGGUCACACCAGGCUGGAGCCUCGAUACGGGCGCAAAUUGACGCCGUUAUGCUUGCAACAUGCCGUCAGCAGCCUCUCCAGUGCAAAGGAUUGCUGGAGCGCACCUGAUGCAGCUUUGGUACACGACGGAUCC